CACGCGCCGCGGCACGCGUCAGACACCUGGCUGAGCCGCGGCGAUAAAUCCACGCACGGUCGGUCACGCUCACGCACCGUCUCGUGCGAUCUGAAGAUGUCCUCUAGCGAUCAGAUCCCGGCCGCCACGCCGGCGUCGGGCGGCGCCGAGCCGGCGCCGCCGGGCAGGCUGACGGCGGUGUCGUCGCGGGUCCUGGACAUGGGCGCGCAGAUGGUGCAGGCGCUGAAGCCGGUGCAGCAGAUGAAGCUGCACGCGUGCAGCUUCGCGCUCUACGCCCACGACCUGCGCCGCCAGAUGGAGGUCCACCACUUCCUCUCCCGGCUCAACCAGGACGUCGUCCAGUGCGCCGUCUACGACUCCGACAAGCCCUCGGCCCGCCUCAUCGGCGUGGAGUACAUCGUGUCGGAGAGCAUCUUCGAGGGCCUGCCGGCGGAGGAGCAGAGGCUGUGGCACUCGCACGCGUACGAGGUGAAGGCCGGGCUGUGGACGGCCGUGGGCGUGCCGGAGGCGCUGCAGAGCUCGGAGAUGGCGAGCCUCGCCAGGACGUACGGCAAGUUCUGGUGCACGUGGCAGGUGGACCGCGGGGACGCGCUGCCGCUGGGCGCGCCGGCGCUGAUGGUGUCGCCGCAGGCCGCGGAGCCGGGGCGCGCGCGCGGCGACCUGGUGCGCCGCCGCGACGAGAGGUACGGGGUGGACAGCUCGGCGGGGGGGCUCAAGGCGGCCAGGGUGGAGAUGGGCGAGCCGGAGUGGAUCAACCCCAACGCCGACUACUGGCGGCAGCACGGCAAGGGCUUCGCGGUGGACGUCGUCCCGGCCGAGAUGAAGCGCCACGCGCCCUUCCCGUGAGCCGCCGCCGCCGCCGCCGCCGCGGGUUUGGGUGCGACGCGUGCUUGUACGAUCGAUGUGGUAGCGUGCGUCGGUGCGUGAACGGGAACUGAUGAGUACGGAGGCGGAUCGACGCGCCCGCGUGUCGGAGGAAUCUCUCCCGCUCCUGUUGUGCGAGUACUCCUGUUGUACACAGGUUGACUGGUUACUGGUACACCUGGUGUGAGUGUCACGGUGUUACCUCUUUAAUCCUUUGUGAAGCGCCGUAAUCCUGUCUUUCCUACACACUGAAAUGUUUAGACUCGGGAAUCGGCUCGACGCAUCUUUGACUAAGAGCGCUCAUGUGUUUAUUUUUUAUCACAGCUCGUGUAAAUUGAGGGGUGGGGUGUGGGGGGUGGGGAUUCCAUGAACGUUAGUCGUUACGUAAUUCCAUCCCGUUGUAUCAAAAAUCU